AUUUUAAUAAUAUGUACAAUUUCAUAACCACAUUAACGUUAUAGACAUAUAUAAGUUCAUCAUGUUUCAUGGAAUACCUGCCUCUGGAGUGAUGGGAGGAGCACCUCCCAACAAGCCAGAACUGUAUGAGGAAGUGAAAUUGUACAAAAAUGCCAGAGAAAGAGAAAAGUAUGACAACAUGGCAGAGUUGUUUGCUGUGGUCAAAACACUCCAGGCCCUGGAAAAAGCCUACAUUAAGGACUGUGUGACUCCAAACGAAUACACAGGAGCUUGCUCAAGAUUGCUUGUUCAGUACAAGGCUGCUUUCAAACAAGUCCAGGGAUCAGAUGUGGGAUCCAUUGAUGACUUUUGUCGGAAAUACAGGCUGGACUGUCCACUGGCUAUGGAGAGAAUCAAAGAGGAUCGACCAAUCACCAUUAAGGAUGACAAGGGCAACCUGAAUCGCUGCAUUGCAGACAUUGUUUCUCUCUUUAUCACAGUGAUGGACAAACUUCGACUUGAGAUUCGUGCCAUGGAUGAGAUCCAACCUGACCUGAGAGAGCUUAUGGAGACCAUGAAUAGAAUGAGCAACAUGCCUCCAGAUUCAGAGGCCAAAGACAAAGUCAGCCUCUGGUUAACCACACUAAGCAGCAUGUCUGCAUCUGAUGAGCUGGAUGAUUCCCAGGUUCGCCAGAUGCUCUUUGACCUGGAGUCUGCCUACAACGCCUUUAAUCGUUUCUUACACUCCUCUUAAAUGUUCCUUCCCUCUCUAAGCUCCUUGAACUCCUUUUUAUUAAACCUUUGUUUCAUUUUCCCUAUUUUGCCCAUGUCUAUUGUAGAAAUGUAGGAAUCUCAUAUCCAAUUAGAGUGCUGCUUACUAAGGCUUAUGUUGUUCAGUAGUACAAUCAAGAUUAUAUCAUUAACAGAUUUCAGAUUAAUAAUAGAUUUUUUUUAUGUAAUGAGAUUUAUCUAUCACAUGGUGGUCUGAGAGUGUUCACCAGAAUGGGAGUAGCGAAUACAUAGCCAACUGAGGGCGUCAUAAGAAGGAGUUCGUUAUAGGCAAAAGAUGCUUGCCUCUAUAAAUACAUGUGUUAAAUGAACAUGAAUUGGUAGGUUAUGAAUCUCAUAAUAUCAUAGAACAAGGUUUGAUACUGAAUUCUCAGUACUGCAUUUUAUUUUAAAUGUUUUCCCUAGCUUUACACUUUCCUUAUUUUUGUUAAUAGAUGUUUUCCCAGUAUUUAAAUGAGACAGAGCUCAUUCAUUUACAGUACUCUUAACAUUUUUGGUUGAUAGUCUUUUAUAAAGGUUUGAUUAAAAACUUGUUUUUCUCUUUCCUUUGCUUUGGUGUUGGUCUAGCUCACUUCGUUAUGUAAUAAUUCAUAUUUAUUAAAUGACCAAUGUAAAUAUAAUAGUUUUGAAAUAAACCACAUAAUACUUUGAAAAAUA